AGGUCGUCUUGUUGCGGCGCUCAUUGUCAGACGAGUGCGAGCUCCUAGUGCAUAUAGCGCUUCAUCGUUCGAGCUCUUCAGUCAGUUUUGAUUUAUAUUUGGAUACACAUUAUUAUAGUUUGGAUAUUUGCGUUAUAAAUCUGGAGGACAAACAGACUUUAUGAUGAUCACUUCAGCCGCUGGUAUAAUUUCCUUGCUGGAUGAAGAUGAGCCGCAGCUCAAGGAGUUUGCACUUCACAAGCUAAACUCCAUUGUUAAUGACUUCUGGGCUGAGAUUUCAGAGUCAGUAGACAAAAUUGAGGUCCUGUAUGAGGAUGAGACGUUUUGUAGCAGAGAGUUUGCCGCGCUGGUGGCUUCCAAAGUGUUUUACCACCUUGGUGCUUUCGAGGAAUCUUUGAACUACGCUCUGGGUGCCGGAGAUCUCUUCAAUGUCAACGAUGAUUCAGAAUAUGUCGAAACGAUCAUCGCCAAAUGUAUUGAUCAUUACACCAAGCUGCGCGUGGAGAACGCAGAGCUGCCGGAGGAUGAGGAAAAGAAAAGCAUUGAUCCACGUCUGGAGGGAAUCGUCAACAAGAUGUUUCAGAGGUGCUUGGGAGAUCACAAGUACAAACAAGCCAUUGGCAUCGCAUUAGAGACCAGACGCUUGGACAUCUUUGAGAAAACAAUCCUGGAAUCAAAUGACAUUUCUGGUUUGCUAGCCUACAGUCUGAAGAUCUGCAUGUCCCUCAUGCAGAACAAGAAAUUCCGUAACGAAGUUCUCAGAGUUCUUGUGAAGCUGUACAUGAACUUGGAAAUGCCCGACUUCAUUAAUGUUUGCCAGUGUCUGAUUUUCCUGGAUGACCCUCAAGCUGUAAGUGAUAUUCUGGAAAAGUUGGUGAAGGAGGAUAACCUCCUGAUGGCCUAUCAGAUCUGCUUCGACCUGUAUGAGAGCGCCAGCCAGCAGUUCCUGUCCUCAGUCAUUCAAAACCUGCGUACAGUCGGCACACCCAUCCCCGCAGUACCCGGGUCUACCAACACGGGCACUGUCCCAACCCAAGAGAAAGACGGUGAUGCUAUGGAGACCGAUGAGAAACCUGGAAGCUCACCUGCUGGAAAGACCACAGAUCAGAAGGAAGAGCCAAAAGACCAGAACUCGAAAAUGAUCAAAAUACUAAGUGGUGAAAUGGCGAUCGAGCUCCAUCUUCAGUUCCUCAUUCGAAAUAACAAUACAGACCUAAUGAUUCUUAAAAACACAAAGGAUGCAGUUCGAAAUUCAGUGUGCCACACAGCCACAGUCAUAGCAAACUCAUUCAUGCACACGGGAACGACAAGUGAUCAGUUUCUCAGAGAGAAUUUGGAGUGGCUGGCAAGAGCAACUAACUGGGCAAAGUUCACAGCAACAGCUAGUCUUGGCGUCAUUCAUAAGGGUCAUGAAAAGGAGGCACUACAGUUAAUGGCGACAUACCUGCCCAAAGACACCUCACCCGGGUCAGCCUAUCAGGAAGGUGGUGGGCUAUAUGCGCUUGGAUUGAUUCAUGCCAAUCACGGAGGGGACAUUAUUGACUAUCUGCUGAGCCAGUUGAAGAAUGCCAGUAAUGAUAUUGUCCGUCAUGGUGGAGCUCUCGGUCUCGGGCUAGCUGCUUUAGGCACUGCCCGCCAAGAUGUCUACGAUCUGCUAAAAUCAAACCUAUAUCAAGAUGAUGCAGUAACAGGAGAAGCAUCUGGUCUUGCUUUGGGACUUGUCAUGUUGGGCUCAAAAUCAGCCCAGGCUAUCGAAGACAUGGUGGGCUAUGCUCAGGAGACUCAGCAUGAGAAGAUCUUGCGUGGCCUGGCUGUCGGCAUUGCUAUGGUGAUGUAUGGCAGGAUGGAGGAGGCAGAUGCUCUCAUUGAGAGUCUCUGCAGAGAUAAAGACCCGAUCUUGCGUCGGUCGGGAAUGUACACAGUGGCAAUGGCGUACUGUGGUUCUGGGAACAACAAAGCCAUCAGACGUCUGCUCCACGUUGCUGUGAGUGACGUGAAUGAUGACGUUCGUAGAGCCGCUGUCGAGUCCAUUGGCUUCAUCAUGUUCAGGACUCCAGAACAAUGUCCCAGUGUGGUUUCUCUGCUGUCUGAGAGCUACAAUCCCCAUGUCCGCUGCGGUGCUGCUAUGGCUCUGGGAAUCUGCUGCGCUGGAACCGGUAACAAGGAAGCAAUAAAUCUCCUUGAACCCAUGACCAAUGACCCAGUGAAUUAUGUAAGACAGGGUGCACUGAUCUCCUCUGCACUGAUAAUGAUCCAACAGACUGAGGUCACCUGCCCAAAGGUGAACCAGUUCAGGCAACUCUACUCAAAGGUUAUCAAUGACAAACAUGAUGAUGUGAUGGCCAAAUUUGGGGCUAUCCUGGCUCAGGGCAUCCUAGAUGCAGGUGGUCGUAAUGUGUCGAUCUCACUGCAGUCACGUACAGGCCACACCCACAUGCCGUCUGUGGUGGGUCUGCUGGUCUUCACACAGUUCUGGUUCUGGUUCCCUCUCUCUCAUUUCUUGUCUUUAGCCUUCACACCAACAGCCAUCAUUGGACUCAACAAAGACCUCAAGAUGCCCAAAGUGCAGUAUCGAUCCAACUGCAAGCCGUCUACCUUUGCCUACCCUCCACCCUUGGAAGUACCAAAGGAGAAAGAAAAGGAGAAGGUUUCCACUGCAGUUCUGUCCAUCACAGCUAAAGCCAAGAAGAAGGAGAAGGAAAAGAAAGAAAAAGAAGAAGAAAAGAUGGAGGUGGAAACUCAAGCCGAGGCUGAGAAGGAGAAGAAAGAGGAGGAGAAGGAGAAAGAGAAGGAAAAGGAAAAGAAAAAGGAACCAGAGCCCAAUUUUCAGAUGUUGGAGAACCCGGCGCGUGUUAUGUCUGCUCAGCUCAAGGUUUUGACUAUGCCAGAGACCUGCAGAUACCAGCCAUUCAAACCAUUACACACCGGUGGCAUUAUAAUCAUGAGGGACACCAGUGAGGAAGAGGAGGACCUUGUGGAGCCUGUGUCUGCCCAUGGGCCCAAGAUUGAAGAGGAAGAGCAGGAGCCUGAAGCCCCAGAGCCAUUCGAGUACAUAGAUGAGUAACCCAACAGGUGGAGUUCAAAAUUGAGUUUCCAGCAUGCAGUGCUUCAUGUCCACUCCUUCACCCUCGUGUCCUUUUAUACGUUAUUUCUUCCACCUGGUCUGUCAUGGCCAACUGGGGAAUGUUUUACAUGAAUCUCAGUUAUUACAAUAAAAUAUACACGUUCAACACA